GUUUGUGUGUGUGAGUGUGUUUGUGUGUGUGUGUGUGUGUGUGUGUGUGUGUGUGUGUGUGUGUGUGUGUGUGUGUGUGUGUGUGUGUGUGUGUGUGUGUGUGUGUGACUGCUUUACAACACUUUGUGUGUCUCAGGUGUUCACAUUGUCCAGUGGAUGUAUGGAUGUGAAUGGAAUGAUGAGACUGAUGAGGUUAAAGGUUGGCAGCAGUCAGGUUAUGAUGGAGAAGAUUACAUAUCGUUGGACAUGAAGACAUGGACAUGGACUGCAGCAAAACCACAAGCUUUCCCUGACAAACUCAAGUGGGACCAGAACAUAUUUCUACUAGACGACCAGAAGUAUUAUUACACUGAGCUUUGUCCUUCUUACUUGAAGAAGUAUGUGAAGAAUGGGAAGAAGAUCCUAAUGAGAACAGAGCUUCCAGAGGUGUUCCUCCUCCAGAAGACGCCAUCCUCUCCAGUCACCUGCAUGGCGACAGGUUUCUACCCCGACUUAGCCGACCUGUUUUGGAGGAAAGACGGCGAGCAGAUCUUCGAGGACGUGGAGCACGGAGAGCUGCUCCCCAACCACGACGGAACCUUCCAGAUGUCGGUGGAGCUGAAAGUGGAGGUGACGGCCGAGGUGGAGGGCAAGUACGAAUGUGUGUUCCAGCUGUCUGGCGUCAAGGAGGACCUGGUCACCAAGCUGGAGAGAAGAAGCAUCCUGAGCAACGCAAGCCAUGAAGACAACUGGAGCGUCGCCCUCGCUGCCACGGCGGCGGUCGUCGCUGUGGCGGCCGUCCUGGCGGCCAUCAUCAUCGUCAUGGUCAGGCGUCACAGAAAAAGACAAGGUGAGGGACACCAAUGUCCUCCGUCUUCUUCUUCUUCUUCUUCUCGGUCCAGGCCGUGAGUUGAUGCUUUCAUCCGGGCUGCAUGUUUUAGUUGCCUUCCAGCCAAACACUCAAAGAUCCACAGAGACAGAGCGCACACUCUCACAUAGAAACACGUGAGGAAAAAGUCAAUUUCACCUUGUUCCACUUUCAUUUCAGCCCAGUACGAUCCAGCUCGUAAGUAAAACAUCUUUUCUUUGAGCCGCAAGAAACAAAGCCGUGGUGAAGCGUCACUCACAUGGAGGUCUGAUGUGGACCUUUGUUACAAGUUUAGCCUGAAAAUCCCAACUUGAGCUGACUCCUUCACAAUAAAAGACCCUCCUGUGAGCACACGCAAUACAAAGUGUGGCAUAUCUCACGUUUGACAUGAGUCCUCAUGAUGAGGAUCAGCCAAAUGAGACCUCAAGUGUGCUGACUCAUCAAGAAGGUAUCCUAGUCAGGAAGUAGAAGAGCAGCACUCUGCUUCUUCAUGUUUCCAAGUCACACCUCAAAGAUCUGAUGUGAGUGACGAGGCACCUUCUGGAUGUUCUUCCUUCAC